UUAAUAAAAAAAAGGUCAUCUCUUUAGAAAGAGAGAGAGAUAUUAUGCAACUCCGAAUCAUGAGCUAUUGAAAAGGAAAAAAAAAAAAAGUGAAGCAAGUUGUUAGAGAGAGAAACACAAAGACAAAGGAGAGAGAUAGAGAGAGGGUGGCUUCAGCUAAGCUAUAAGCUCGAACUGGCCUCGUCUAUGCUGUAUUGGGCAGUUAAGGGAUACAAGAUCUUGAAACAUCUCCCCUACUCCCUUUUUGCAAACUCUCUCUCUCUCUCUCUCUCUCUUACAGAGUCGUAGGUUUUAGCUCUCCUUUGAAUACUCGAAGUCCAAAACCUCUUGUCUGUGUCUCUUUAUAUGCCCCAUCAUUAUGUAUUUUAUUCACAAGGGAACUAAAGAAAGCAAGUUUCUUUAGCUGCCAUGGCCACCAGCCUUAAUUCUAGACUUCUAUGUUAAGUGGGUUCUCGAGAAUUUUUGCAUUAACUCUUAUUCAGCUCGUCAAAGUUUUCGUCUUUCAUUCUCCAUUGAAGAUAAAAAAUGUGGGACUUGAAUGACUCCCCAGAUCAGACAAGGGAUGAUGAAUCCGAGGGCUGUUCUUCGCAGAAAACCUCUUUAGACGGUGAAGAUGAAAAGGGAAAACGGGUCGGAUCUAUGUCCAAUUCCAGCUCUUCUGCUGUGGUAAUCGAGGAUGGAUCCGACGAAGAAGAUGGCAGCGGUGAGAGAGGCAGAAUCAAGAAGCGCAGCGGCAAGAUAUUCGGGUUCUCUGUCACUCGUGAUAACUCUUCCAUGGAGAGUGAUCCACUCGUUACCCGGCAGUUCUUUCCGGUUGAGGAUCAAGAAAUGGGGGCAACUUCCGGUGGUGGCGGAGGAGUUGGGGCUGGAUUUCCUCGGGCUCACUGGGUUGGAGUCAAGUUCUGUCAAUCAGAGUCACUUGCUUCUCCGAAAUCCGCUGAGGUCUCACAACCUUUAAAGAAGAGCCGGCGAGGACCACGGUCGAGAAGCUCUCAAUAUCGCGGUGUCACCUAUUACCGGAGAACCGGCCGCUGGGAAUCUCAUAUAUGGGAUUGUGGGAAACAAGUCUAUCUAGGUGGAUUUGACACUGCACAUGCAGCUGCUCGUGCAUAUGAUAGAGCAGCUAUCAAGUUUAGAGGAGUGGAAGCAGAUAUAAAUUUUAGUAUUGAAGAUUAUGAAGAUGACUUGAAACAGAUGAGCAACCUUACUAAAGAAGAAUUUGUUCAUGUACUUCGCCGACAAAGCACUGGUUUUCCGAGAGGAAGCUCUAAAUAUAGAGGCGUAACCUUACACAAGUGUGGAAGAUGGGAAGCUCGAAUGGGUCAAUUUUUAGGCAAAAAGUAUGUGUAUUUGGGAUUGUUUGAUACUGAGAUUGAAGCUGCAAGGGCUUAUGAUAAGGCUGCUAUCAAGUGCAAUGGCAAGGAAGCUGUGACCAAUUUCGAUCCGAGCAUUUAUGAAAAUGAGCUCAACUCUUCUGAAUCUUCAGGUAAUGCUGCAGAUCACAAUCUGGAUUUGAGUUUAGGCAAUUCGGGUUCGAAGCAAAACAGUGUAGGGUUUAGUAAUGAUAGGCAAAAUGCUGGAAUGGAUCAGCAAUCAGCACCAAUGGCAUUCGAAGCUGAUUGGCGAAAUCGAGGAAUUAGGCCUAAGCUAAACUUGUCUAGAAGUGAUGAUAGUGAUGACCAUAGAAGAGAAGGCUACUGCGAGACUGAAACAAUGCAGCUUCUUAGCCAAACUCACAUUCAAUCUCCUGGAAAUGAAGGACAAAGAUAUGGACAAUUCAAGAGACCUGGAGAAAACCAGAUGUUUCAUGGUUUCUCACCAAAUUAUCAAAUGCAGUUUCCAAGCAGCAGCAAUGGAGGCCGAAUUGGCAGUGAUCUUUCAUUAUCACCAAGUGAUUACCACCACCACCACCAACAGCGACAAUGGCAAUCGAGGCCUCCUCCUCCUCAUCAGUUGGUUGCAAAUGCUGCAGCAUCAUCAGGAUUCCCACAGCAAAUUAGGACUCCACAAAACUGGCUGCAGAAGAAUGGGUUCCACUCAAUCUUAAGACCCUCUUAACCCAUAUUUACAAAGUAGCCAUUGAAAUCUUCUUCCGUAUGACACUGUUUCUUCACCAAUGUUUUGCUUCUAAGCAUGUGUAAAGAACAAUGAAAGAGAGAGAGAGAGCUUCCAAACUUUCCCAGAGAACCAAGAAAGAGAAACAAAAGAAAAGAAAGGGAGAGAAAAACAAAUCUCUCUGGGAAGGGUUGGUCACCAGGCAAAACUAACAAAGAGAUGAAAUCUUUGAACUUGUCAAUAAUCAUUUUGCGUUUCUGACUAAAACUGCUAUGAAAUUUUCUCGUGCAAAAAGGCAAAAAAAGAAUCUUGAACAAUAGAUUAUGUGCAAAUUGCUUUACGGCA